AGGUGUUCCUGGUAGCCAUCUUGGAUGUGCGGACUGAUUGUUUAGCGAGAAGAAUUGACAAUUUUUUUUUUUGAAAAACAGCCUUUAUACUGAAUCACUGAAGAUUUACCGGAGUGCGGCCACCGAGGAAAGAAAUCGUAACUCGGAAAAAUCCAGUGAAAGAAGGCAUGAAGACAUCAUCCUAGUCAUCAGUCAUGGCCGAUAAAAGGAAACUUCAAGGUGAAAUAGAUCGAUGUCUGAAAAAAGUAGCGGAAGGUGUUGAACAGUUUGAAGAUAUUUGGCAAAAGCUUCACAAUGCAGCCAACGCCAACCAGAAGGAGAAGUAUGAAGCAGACCUCAAGAAAGAGAUUAAAAAGCUACAGCGUCUUCGAGACCAGAUCAAGACGUGGGUGGCAUCCAACGAGAUCAAAGACAAAAGGCAGCUAGUAGAGAACCGCAAACUCAUAGAAACGCAAAUGGAGCGGUUCAAGAUAGUGGAAAGAGAAACCAAGACGAAAGCGUAUUCAAAAGAAGGACUGGGACUGGCCCAGAAGGUGGACCCGGCUCAGAGGGAGAAGGAGGAGGUCGGCACGUGGCUAACGAAUACGAUAGACACCUUGAACAUGCAGGUGGACCAGUUCGAGAGCGAAGUGGAGUCUCUGUCGGUCCAGACGAGAAAAAAGAAAGGAGACAAGGAGAAACAGGACCGGAUCGAGGAGUUAAAGAAGUUCAUCGAGAAGCAUCGAUACCACAUCCGGAUGCUGGAGACCAUACUGAGGAUGCUGGACAACGACUCAGUGCAGGUGGACGCCAUCAGGAAGAUCAAGGAUGAUGUGGAGUACUAUCUAGACUCCUCACAGGAUCCGGACUUCGAGGAGAAUGAGUUCCUAUACGACGACCUGGAUCUGGAGGACAUCCCUCAGACACUGGUCGCCACCUCGCCACCAGGACACUCGCACUUGGAGGACGAAAUCUUCCAACACUCCAGCAGCACACCCACCUCCACCACCUCAUCCUCACCCAUCCCCCCCUCACCUGCCACUUGCACUACGGAGAACUCAGAAGAUGACAAGAAGAGGGGACGUUCAACAGACAGUGAAGUUAGUCAGUCACCUGUGAAGAACGGCAACCCCUCUUCCUCUCUAUCCUCUUCCUCCUCCUCCUCUUCCUCCUCCUCCUCCUCCUCCUCCUCCUCCUCUUCCUCCGUCUCGGGACUGACCUCUUCCUCAUUGGUCUCUAUGGCGACCAUCGCCGGUGGUGGAAGCUGCGGCUCCGGGGGCAACAGUCAUCUAGGCAGCUUGGGGGGUCUCCUCUCCAACACUUCGGCCGGCAGCUACAGCAACGCGACCCAGCAGCAGCCGCACCCGUCAGCGCAGCAGCAGCAGCAGCAGCAGCAGCAGCAGCAGCAGCAGGCCAAAAACUCAGUUAGCUCCUCCUCCUCUUCCUCCUCUUCCUCCUCCUCAGCUCCUAUCACCAACCCCAGCAGCUCGACCAACAGUCACCCCGUCUCCUCGGCCUCCUCUCCCCCCAACGCCAGCACACAGGGGCUCUUCACUUCAAACUCCCAGCCUCAGGCUCCGUCGGGGCCCACGCCCACUUCCAACAGCCUGGGCCUCAGCUUGGGCCUCUCCCUGGGGAAAAGCGCCAUGUCCAGCUCCAUCACCACCAGCCCGAUGUCCGGAGGCCUCGGUUUGUCCCUGAGCACCAUGGCGGGCCUCCUGUCCGGCUCCACUCCGGCGCCCUACGCUCAGGCGGCGGCUUCAGGCGCGGUGGGCUCCAGUCUACUGGGCUCUCUGGGAGGCGUCAGCACCACGACGACCAACAGCGCGGUGGGGUCCAUCGGCAGCGGGAGCAUCACAGUCGGCGGGCCGACGUCAACCACGGGAGGUCUUCUGGGCCCGGCACCGGGGAUGACCGGUGUCGGCUCUGGGAUUCUGGGUUUGGGCUCCGGUCAGUCAGGGGUGCAGGGGUCUUCCUUGGUAGCGCCGAGCCCGGUAGGAGGUUUAGCGCCGGGAAGCGGCGUAGGAAUCAUCGGGAGCAACGGAGGCAGCUCGGGAUCAGCAGGGAGCGGAGUGCUGGGAGGAAACUCGUCGCUCUCGGUCAGGCCGCCGAGCCGACAGAAGCAGAACGGUAGCACUAGUUACAGCGCUGUGGUAGCAGACAGCACAACAGACUCCGCCCUCAACAGUGCCAGCCAAUCACAAAGCAGCCAACCCUCGUCUUUGACCUCGACAGCCAAUCAGCCUAAGGACACUGGUCCCAGUUUACUGGGCUCUAUGAGUUUGUCGUCCAGCUCUCCGUCGCCAGCUUCCUACAGCGAAGCCAAAACGGUGAGCGGCGGCAGCCUGCUGAACGGGCCGCUUUCCUACUCACAGUCCUCCGACAGCAUCAAGCCCCAGGAGCCUCUGAGCAGCCUGAAGUCCAUGGCCGAGCGAGCAGCACUCAGCUCAGGGAUGGAGGGAGACGUGCCCUCCCUGCACCUCACCCCAGACAUCUUCCCCAGUACUACGGCCCCGUCGGGCCCCCCGUCAGCACCUCAGCCCUCGCUGUCAGAGGUCAGCAUCCCCCCGUCGUUGGGGGUCUGCCCGCUGGGGCCGGUUCCCCUGUCCAAAGACCAGCUCUACCAACAGGCCAUGGAGGAGGCGGUGUGGACGCACAUGCCCCACCCGUCCGACUCCGAGAGGAUCAGGCAGUACCUGAUGAGGAACCCGUGCCCCACCCUGCCUUUCCACCACCAGGUGCCACCGCCCCACUCCGACACUGUAGAGUUUUACCAGAGGCUUUCCACAGAAACUCUCUUCUUCAUCUUUUACUACCUGGAGGGCACUAAGGCCCAGUAUCUGGCAGCCAAAGCCCUGAAGAAACAGUCAUGGAGGUUCCACACGAAAUACAUGAUGUGGUUUCAGAGGCACGAAGAACCCAAGACCAUCACCGAUGAGUUUGAGCAGGGAACGUACAUUUACUUUGACUAUGAGAAAUGGGGCCAGAGGAAGAAGGAAGGUUUCACGUUCGAGUACCGGUACCUAGAGGACCGAGACCUCCAGUGACUGCAGCGAGAAAAAAAACACAGACCCGACAGACAAACGGACGGCUGAGGAAGUGAGAGAGGGACGGACGGACGGAGAACAAGCGAACCAAGAAGGGUGGUCCACCUGUUGACAUUCCUGGAUUUGACCUCAGCACGUUUUGGGGGGGGAAAAGGAGACGUUCGGAGCCGGAAGUGGGGGGUGGGGGUGAUGGGGGGGGUGAACCAUGCCUCAUCAUCCUCACCCCCCCCCCGGCAGUAAUAACUCCUCCCACCCUUUCCUCCCCUCCUCCUUCCUCCUCCUCCAUCAUCAGGCCUUUUUUUUUCCCAUCUGCAUCAAAGCUAUUCUCUUUUUCCUGAACUGGAACUCCCUUUAAAUCAGAAAGACUUUGUUUGUUUGUUUGUUUUUUUGGCAAAAAGAUUACACAUAAUAUCCAGACUAUCAUGUACUUUUUUUUCCCCCAUUGUGUUAUUAUGUUAUGUUGGCUUUAAAAACAUUUUUUCUUAUACUAGCCCCUUUAAAAAACCAAAGAUAAUUGGUUAUCAAACAGUACAGGCUUUGCCCCCCUUCCCCACCCCCCCACCCCCCUUCUAAACUAACCGCGUGGAAGUGUAUUUAAAACCUAACGAGUGCAGAAGCUACAACCUUAAAUCUGGUCGGCAUCAGUGCUACAGCAUCUCCUAAAACAGCUUGUGCGUGUGGAGCAGCAGGGCAGGAAGCAGGUUGAAAAUGUGAACUUUUGUUAAGCAAAUCUAGCGAGAAGCAACGAUAAAGAAGAUCUGGUCAGAGGAGAUGUGAACUGAUUUGUUUUUUUUUUUAUACUCAGCCGGUUAAUGUGAACCCGAAGUAGCUAAACGACAUUGUUCUCCUGCCCUGACGCCGCUACAACAAAAGCUUCAGCGCCUCCACACUGGACGAGCCUUAGACACCGACCCUUCAUCCAGUCAAAAAAAAACUGCCUCCUGUAAAUGCAAGUAGCUCUGCCUUGAUCUAACAUGACUGCCAUAGACUGCUGUGCAGCUCCAAAAAAAAAAAAAAACCCAUCCGUCUGUCCACCAGGGUGGAAAACAAACACACACCAGCCAAAAAUGUGGGUAAAUGUUGGUUGUGGGUGGCAGCGUCGCCUCCGCCACAGGCCUCUUUUGCACUUAACUAUCUUUUAGAGGUCCUGUUGUAUUCUUGUGAAGUGGUAAAAGUGGCUGGUUCAUAUUUUUUUUUUUUUUUAAGAAUCUACCAGCCAGUUGAGGUCUAAAAAUAUCUUGUUUCCUGCCUUGCCUACUUCCAUCCAGCCAAGGUGGAGGAGUGUGACAACACAAGCGAGUGAGGUGUUUGUAGUAACCGUCUUUUACCUUGUGGGCAGUGUUAUGUCACAGCUUGGAUAUAAAAAACAAAAAAAAACAGGAGUGGGAUUAGGGUUCUUUAAAAAAAAAAAAGAUAAAAUAUUUCAGAAUUUAAUCUAAAAUUCUGGGGUUCAGUUCACCCAAAUGACAAAAAACCCACCGUUUCUCACUUACUUCUAGUCGUAUCCAGUCAUAUAUAUAUAUAGUUUUUAUUUGCUUGUGUUUUGAGAUAUUUCUAAGAUUUCCAUUGAAAUACAUCAGAGUGAGUGGAAUUUCUUUCACGGUGCUCAUAGUGUUGAAAAGCGACGUCUCUUAACACAAACGGUGUCCUCGUUACCCUGGAAACGCCACAGACCUCACUAUUUAACGCUUUCAUCUGGACUGUUCUCUACAACAGGAAGUAGUCCUCAUGAAAACUACUGACAGAAACGUCUGUUGAUCAUCCAGGAAAAAAAAAAAAAGUAAUUUUUCAAAACUUGAGCACAAACUGAAAACAGAAAUUUCAGACGUCCGGCGAAGCUUCUAACGCACCGACUGCCAGCAAACUACUAACAUAACGUGCGUGGACAGAUUUUCUAUCCAACUGUCCGUAAAUGUUUGAAGUUUAGGGUGAAACAGUCUGAAUAAGCUGCUGACUCAACAACAUGCUGAUGGUGAUAUUUACCGCUACACUAAUUUACUCUGCUUCAGUGUUGAGGAGGAGGAUUAUUCUUCUGCGUAGUGUUAGAUCUUUUUUUUAAGUUGCUUCACUUCCAUUAACACAUCUUUUUAAAGGAUAAGUUCACAUUUUUUUUAAAGUUUAUCUCAAUACUCACAUGCCUUUGUGUGUGUGUGUGUGUUGCUGUAAUCAGAGGUGAUAUUAAAGUGAUUCAAAUAUAAAAGAUGGGGAACAAAAUCCACAUUUUACCUACAAAUCAAGAAGCUUCCAAAGAUACAGUGUUUUAUUUUGAAAUUCACUCUUUUUAAAUUGAAUUUGAUUCUAUAAUGACUGUAACUUUGGAAGAUAUACACCUGAUUUGACAAAUCAAGACUGUUGAAGCCGCAAUUUAGGUUGAACAAAUGAUUGUAGACGUCGCCCCUCCCCCAUGACUUAGAAACUUAGAUUUCUUCAGAGCCAGUAUAAACAGGAGGAACCGUUUCAGUUGUACAUUAUGUGCAGGUGAGCUGAACUUAUCAUGAUGGUUAUUUAUCUCAAAACCUGCACAAAUAAACCAAAACUUGCAGCAUAAUUAGACACAACCAGGAGUAAAUGUGUUUCUGUAAUUUGGGUGAACUGCUCCUUUAACAGCUCCAGCAGUGAUCAGUGUGAGCGUUGUGGAUGUUGGAUCCUACCAGCAGCUGGAUGGACUGUUGGUUAGUCUCCCACCAGCCUUCCUCUCUCUCUCCCUCCCUCCCUCCCUCCCCCUCUCCCUCUUCCUCCUCCUCCUCCUCCUCCUCCUCCUCCUCCUCCUCCUCUCUGUGCCGAACAGCACAAACACCAGCACUGCUGCCCACAUCUCCUCUGUCCUCCAGCUCUCUGCUCCAUGUUUACACGCCGAAGGGUUCGACCGAGCCGACUGGACCCACAAUAAACACACACAUGUUGUCCAGUUCUCACCUUCAACAAGUCGUGGUUUUAGCUUCUUUUUGUUUUCUCUUCUCUACACCCUGAAGUCAGCUGCCGACACACAGCAGCUCCGUUUGUCUUCUUCUGUUAUUUUUUUUUUAUAACCCAAAUAUCUUUCUCUCUCUCGCUGACUCUCUUCCUCUCUCAGCCGGCCAGCUCUCCUCCUCUCCCUCCCUCCCUCCCUCCCUCUCCUCCUCUCUUCAUGCCAGGUAGAUAUUUCCUUUAUUUCUCAGGAAGUAUUUGAUAGAUCAUUUUAUGAGGAAAUGUAUCCGCCAGCAGCUCCCGUCUCCACAGCACAACAACAACAACCUAAAUAAUCCUUUUCCUGACAGAUUUGCACCAAAAUUUUAAUUUUUAAACUUCAUUUGGGAACGAUCUCAACUAGCGUCCCCCCCCCUCCCCGCCCCCCUCCCCCUCCCCCUCUCCCGCCGCUCCUCUUUAUUCCACAGUGGCCCUUUUCAUUUCACGAAAGGCUUUUUUUAAAAAACAAAUAUUAUCCUCCAAUGUUUGGAGCAGCACCUGGAAGAGAGACCAUCUUUAUAUUUUGUAUUUGUUGAAUUAAUUUUGGUAGAUUGUUUUUUUUUUCUUUUUCAGAUAUGGGGAAAGCAUUUUAAACUCAGAGGAGAAUGAGGACCCCUGUGCUUUUUAAAGAUCAGUCAACAGGAGUGUGGGGUGUUUUUAUAGCCAAACAGACAGACAGACAACUCUACACCUAUUCACUUGACUGACAGUCCUGCUUUUAACCUUUUUUGUUUACUUCUUCUUUUUUUUUUUUUUUUUGUUUUGACAAGCAGAAGGGGUGAGAGGUCAAUCCGAGAGCCGAAAUGUGAAACUCUCUCUGCCCCUUGACAAAAAGUGUUGUAUAGACUCUCAUUCUUCACACCUCUACUUUGUUUGUUUUUUUUUUUGUUUGUUGUUGUUGUCGUCAGGACAGCGUGGAAUAAUGACACUUGCAAAGUGGCGCUGAAAAAGUAAAUAAUGACAUAACCAUGAAUAAAGGAUUGUAAAAUAUUAAUAAAAGAAUUACUUUUCAGAAAACUGUA